CUGUAGGGGGCAGCAGCGCGCUCUCUGUCGGAUACGUUUAGAAGAAGAAGAAGAAUGUGACGUCACACGGAGAUCUCACGAUGGCGGUUGAUUUGACUCCUCGGUUCAGAAGGUUGAACAGCCAAACAAGAAGUUUUCGUGAAAAUAUACAACAUGGUUUCUCGGGGCCCUUCGGUGCUACCCAGCUGUGGCACAACAUCAUCCAGGCCCUGCAAACCCAGGUGGAGGUGCGCCGCUGUAGAAGGCAUCUACGUGUUCAUGCUGAAUGUUUUACGGGCUCAGACGCUGUGGAUGCCGUCCUCAGUUAUUUGAUGCAGAAUGUGGUGUUUUGCACAAGUGAAGUGUCUCGCCUCAAAGCUGCUCGACUCUGCCAGGCUCUGAUGGAGGCCAAGGUGUUCGAAUCAGUGGGUACGAAGCUGUUUCGCAGAGACAAGGAAGUGACCUUUGAGGACAGCAGCUGCAGCCUUUACCGUUUUCUGGAAUAUAAAGGGUUACCCAAUUCUGCCAUGAAGGAUUGCAAUAGUGACUCAGAAAACAUGCAACCAGAGGAACAGGAACUAAAGAGGAAGAAGAGCUCCAGGCUGAAGGAACUGAGGACGAUCUCUAAUCCCCUUGCUGUUGGACCAUCAGACAGGAGGGUUGAGAGGCUGCUGAGGACCAUCAACCUGCGACCAACCUUGUCUCCAGCUCUGAACACAACCCCCAUUACAUAUGCCUUUCUGUCCAAAGCUGUGGUGGAUGAGGUUUGGAAGCAGCAGACGCUGCUGCAGCUGCUGCAAAUAGUGGAGCUGCCCAUGCUGGACUGCAUCUUGACCUCUCCUGCCAGGGUUCAGCUCCAGGCCUGCAGAGCUCCUCUGGCCACCCAGGACCUGGUUAUCUCUAACACAUGCCUAGAGAGAGAGUUGCCCGACACCCUUAAUCUGCCCCAGUUGGAUGGGUGGCUGUCGGCAGCGGCAGACUGCUUGGAGCUCUUUCCCGACCAGCUGAUCGUGGUUGCAGGGGAACAGCUCAGUCAACAAGGUUGUGAUGCCUUUUCAGAAGGUGAUCCGGCAGAGCAGAUGGCAAGCCAAAAGAGACUGCUCUUUGAUGCCAUUGCCAAGUACUACAAUGGACAGGAAAAAGCUCCACUUCUCUCAGGACGCCACCUGGACAUACAUGCUGCAAUUCUGAAUUUGCUGGAUGGAGGGAAGUUGCAGGAUGCCAUCAAAGCAUCUCAGUUGUGUUUUCGACUGUUGGAGACAAGCGUGAGAGAUGAACUCAGGAGACUACUGGCCUUUAUGGCCGCAGCAGCUCACCCAGAUGCUUGCCGUCUUCAGAAACAGAUUGAUAACAGGACCUUGGUCUGCCGCACUUUUCAGAGAGCAGUUGUCCAGAAUCUUGAACUGACUCGAUCCCAAAGCGAAACCCUGGUGGUGUUUCUCAUGGACAAUUGCACUGAGCUCUUCAAGACUCCUACAUGCCUUAUUGAAGCUGUGAGGAGAACACUGAGGACGAUGCAGCAGGGAAAAGAUCCUGACUCAAUUGCCACGUUCACCUUCUGCCAGCAGGUGACGCCACAGGAGUAUGAGGACCAGCGAGAGGCUACCACCCUGAAGAGCCUCAAACAGCUUCUUCGUGACAUUUCCUCCAGCAAAACCAUAUCUGCCAGGGAGAGGAGGAGGCUGCUCAAAGAGUUUGAAAAACAUCACCCUGUGGUCUUCAUCCAGCAUUUGUCCAGCACCUUCUGAAACAUACAAGUAAAAGGGUAUUGGUUUGACCUUCUAGGUGCACUUCACAAAGCCAGUUUGUGGUGGUACGGCGCUUACACUGAAGUAUAAUAAUUUAAUGCACAUCAUGAGUCUAAUGAAACAUACUGUCUUUAUAAUUUUGCAAACUUUAAAAACUGACAUACUGUCACACUUCUGAUCCCACCUAAUGUUUAGUUGUAGAGAGGGAUUGACACUUUAUAGUAGGUGACUAUCAGUACAGAUACUCCUAUAAUUAAUACAAAUGGUGCUGCUACAGCAUAAUAGCAUGACUGUGGCAUACCCAAAUUCCUUUAAGUCACAAGAGGCCUACAAUAGUUGAGGUUUUAUUUGUAGUCAUGCUGUUUAGUCUAGUUUAUCAGGUGCCUAAACGGUGGUAGUCAUUUUUUAAUUGUACAGUGACAUAUUUUAUGUUGUAUAGAUGGAAUAAUGUUCAAAGAGGGUAUUUGCUUUUGUGCACUCAAUUCUUCUGGCAUUACCAUAGAAUACAUUAUAUAUAAAGUAUAAAAACUUAAAAGGGAAUACUGAAAAAACACUUGAGUUUUAUUAGCCUGCUGUUUUGAGGCUGCAGGUAGUGAACAGCUUGUGGACUAAUUGAUGUACUUCUUGCAGGUGUGGAUACUGUAUUUGGAUAAAGCUAAUGUGUAAUGAUUGGGGCUUUGGAAAUGGAACUGUGGUUUGCAAAAGUAAUGCUGUGCACUUUGAUGAGGCAUUAUUAUUUCUACAUAUCAAAUGAAAAAUAACAAUACUAUAGCAGCCAUUUUGUUUCUUGUUUUGUUUUUUCAGUUUUACUGUAGCAUGCUGUAGUGUGGUUUAGGAAAAACACUGUUAUACACAACACUAAUAUAGCUGAAUAAGGUUACAGUUUGUAACUAAUAUUUGUUAUAGAUCUUUCUGUGAAGAUUUUAAAAUGAAAACUAAUAUGAAAUUAAAGCAGAAAGGGUACAAUAAUGUGUUAGGCUAACCAUAGCUCUAGUUAAUAUGUUUUAAUUUUUCGUGCCAGUAUCUUGGUCAAAUGUCUUUUUAUUAUAACUUUUUAGGAUUUUACUUGAAAGGUGGACAUUGUGCCUUUUUGAUGGAAGAUAAUAAAUAAUAACUUGAUAUUUUUCUAGGCUACUAAUUUAAUCUUUGGUUAAGCAUAAUGUCUCAGUUAGAUUUUAUUCUUUUAAUUCAUGAAGCCAUGGUCAGACAAAAGUAAUUUACAGUCAAAUCUCAUUUCAGUCAGCAUCUUUUGUUCUUUACAUACACUGAAAUCAUGUUACAAUGCACUUUAUGAUGCUGAAACAUGCCUUAUUUUCUGUUGGAAUAACGAAUCUAAUAAAAGUUUAAUUGAUGUUCUCUAAAAA